AGAUGGAACCUGCGAUUGCAUCGACUAUCAACGGUGGAGAGACAUGCGCCAUGGAGACGGAGGACAUUCUGAAGGGUUUUGCAGAUGACAGCAAGGAAGGAAAUUCGGCAGGAGGGAACAACGCAGACUGUGCGGAGGUGCUUGCGACAAUAUGUGCACAGACUGCAGAGAUGAUGGGUGAUGGUAAUGAAACAGAGAAUGAUGCAGGAGGGAGCACUUGUGAGACAAAAACGGUUGGGGAAGAGAAAGAGGAGGGAGAUAUGGGAAGCAGAGAAUCUAUGACAGGGUGUAUUGUGAAAGAUGAAAAUGUGGUGAAGACAUUAGCAGGAGAAGAGUACCCAUAUGACAUCAAUUGGGUGUCGGGUCGUGUUCAACCGGGUAUUGUUGGAGGAGCACCCUGCUUUGCGUUCAAAGUCGAAGGGACAUGCGUUCCAUUUUCUGCCCCCCCCAAAAAUACAUGGCGAAACGUGACUCUGGUAAUCGUGUUUGACAGACUAUUAAGGUUGAACGAUGGGGCAACAACAGAGGUGAAAGGGCGAUAUGCAUUGGACAUGUGGCGUGUUCUGGAGGCGCAGGGUGAGUUCAGGCUAAACGGUUUUUUGUACGACAAUUUUGAUUGCGGACAGGCAUGGGUGAUUGGCGGGAACGACGCAACAGGGAGUACGACGUGCCACAAGAGCGAUGCAAGGAGGGAUCCUAGGUGGGGUUGGGUGCCAUGUGUGAUCCCGAUUCCAUGUGGCCGUGUGAGGAUGAUGAUGCGUGAUGCCAUGGGAAAUGUCUGGAGCACGCAUUAUGUGAAUGGCAAUUUCUCCUUCAGGCACCUCGACAGGGAGGUCUCAGAAGACGAGAAGAAGGCAAUGGCAUGUACUACCCAUACUGCUGGCUGCUUUUUCCCGCCGCUUUGGAACCCUGUGGAGUCGGAGGUGGUUGAAGGGAAAGUUUUCACUGGUGAGGAUGGCAGCACAUACACGCAUGCAGGGCAGGAAGCCACGUAUGAUAGAGUAUGCUCGCAGAUAUGGGACCAUGUCACAAUGAGGAGUGACGUUCUGUCUGCCAUGGACAUUGGGGCCCGUGUCAUCCCUGAAGGACAGUUGCAGCAGCAUAUGGCCCCUGAAAAGUAUGGCUAUCGUGUCAAUUGGGUCCCAGGAUGUUUGCAUCCUGCAGUGGUUGAUGGCAAUGUGACGAUGGCAGCAAGACUACAAUCAGGGCAUUGUCUCCAAUUGGGAUGGAUGCAUGCAGGCAUUGUGGAGCAUUGGCAGUUUCUCGUGGUUUUGACACGUGUCUCAAUUUUCAAUGUGAAUGUAAAGGGCCACGUCCUGGUGGUUGAACAUGCAAAGCGGUGCUGGGAGAAGAUAAGGGAGGAGGAGCGUCAGAUGGUGUGCGCGGGUUAUGACUCCAUGGCUGACCAGGGGAUGUGGUCCAUGGUUGAGGGGAGUUGUACGGCCCAAGAGCACGGUGACGGUCAGAACAGAUCCAUGGCUCGCAUUCGCCGUAGGCACGGUUGCACGACCGUUCUUGGUUGGGUCGCGGUCGUAUGUCCCAUGACAUAUGAGCAUGGUGGAGACGUCACCAUGAGAUUCAUAGACCCGCUUGGUGUGUCUUUCCAUCUGACCUACUCAGAUGGAUUCCUGCGAGACAUUCGGUAUCUGUCGGAGGAUGGCUUGCCAGGUUCAGCGCAGGCAGGCAAGAGGACAGAGAAGCGCUCAAAAAUUUUCCGUUUGUCUGCUGAGGUGGAGGGCCCAUGCGGUUCUGGUCGCGUCGGGGGGUGCUCUGCAGCACAGGGUGACAUGGGCGGGCCGAGCGAUGUCGCGAUGUCGCAGAGCCCGGGGAAGAAGAAGAAGUGCACGCCGGGAUCACCACGUGGGCAGACGCCCGCAGACAGAAAGAAGGUGAACCCGAAGGUGGUGCCACGGACCGGAGACACCGCAGGCGCACGAACUCAGGUCCCCAGACGCCGUCGACGCCCCGGGAUGACAACUUUGACGGAAAUCAGAAAGUUGCAACGAUCCACUGACCUUUGUUUGGCUUUCAGGCCGUUCUUGCGUCUCGUGCGCGAGGUUGUGGAACGGGACAUUGCUUCGGGUAUGGGCGUGAGGUUUCAGAUGACGGCGUCUAAAAGGAAUGGUCCAGUGGAUCUGCAGCGAAGGGAUGUGCGAAAAAGGAGACGUGGACAUGACAAUGCAGCAGACAGGGGGGCAUAUACACCUGUGAACUUGUGCAAGUUGCAGGGCACUGUCGCACGGAAUCGGGGAAUGCUGGUUGAUGGGUCGAAGGACGAGUUGAAGAGUGGUGCUGCAGAAAUAUUGGUGUUGUCCAGAAUGAAGGACAUUACACAAACACCGCCAAAAGACUUUCAAGAUGUUCCUGUCAUUGUCGCAGAUGGUGUGGAAUAUAUUCUGCUGGAUCAACUUGUGGACUUCAUGAAAAAGAGUGACGACGACAGGAACGUCAUCCAUGAGGCGUUGCACGAAGUGACAGAGUUUGCACUGCAGGGUCAUGAUCUGAUAGAAUUUGUGUCAGCAAUAACAGAAGACAAUAUCAUAUCUGGCAGACCGUUGUGGGAGGAGUUGUUAUCAGCUGCUUUGGAGCGGCUCGGUCUUGCAAGCUGCGAUGUUGAGAGACAAAGAGAAAGAGAAGAAGGGUGGAAGAAAAUGGACAGCGGUCCACGGGUGUGCGACUGUAGUAGGCCUUUCAUGUCAUUACAAACUUUGAACUCACAUCGUGCAAGGGCAUGCCCGGCCGUGGCGGACGAAAGAACACAUGGCCAGGAGAUGAGUGUGAUCGAUGACGCCGGAGCAUCAAGUAUAGGUGCAGUGAAUCUCGUGAGCGAUGAGAGCGAGGACGUCGGGGCCCCCGAGAAUGUAGACGGGGAGGGCGGGAUAUUCGAAGAGCAGCAACCGCAGCCUGUCGAAUCUUUUGACAGCUCUCGCAAGCUGGCGGCAUUGAUUUUCUCCGCCAGGGGCGGCGUCGGUAUGUCGCAGAGCGACAUAGAUGCUCUCUUGUCACUUCUCACGGACCCGAGAUUCUGCACGAGAGACAUCGCGUAUCGUAAUAGUCGAGAGUGUUUGACAUGGGCAGGGAGUCUAGCAGACGCUGCUGGAUGGAAAGAGUUGGAUCUACGUUGUGACGAUUGGCCACGGGAUGCGCACACCAUCUUGUGGCACCGCGAUUGGCGAACGACAUUUCUGUCGAUGUUUCAUAUCGCAUUACAGAAAUGCGAGACGGUGUCUUCUCUAGAAGUGUCUCCGCCCGGCGUCGAGAACCGUCCACCCAAGGCCACUGAGAAGAGGUCGCGGGAAGACGGAAUGUCGAAGGUGCACCUCAGGACAAAGAAGAGAAUCACGUACAAAAAGGACAGAAUGGUGGAGAUGAUCGAUCUGAGAGCCUCAGACGAUAUGCACAGCGCGGCCCAAGAGGAAGCAGAAGAGGAACACGACCAGUCCAUAUCAGAAAAGUCUGACGGGGAGGAGAACGAGGCAACAAGUGACAAGGGAGGUGACAGUGAAACUUCCGACGGACAUUCUCGCGACACUCACGACGCUGAUGAUGAGGACGGCAGGAGCAGCGACGACACAGCGCAGGACGAGGGCGGUGACGGGGCAGGCAAAGACGACAGAAGUGCAGACGGAAGAGGGAGUUCCCCAUCUCCGGGAAGAACGCGACGCACGAGGGAACCCGAAAGUGGCGGCGAGGGAGGCGCAGCCGACGCGCCCUCCAUUGACAGACAACUAGUGAGGCACGACAACGCAGUUAAAAAAGGUAAACAAAAUGUGUUGAAGAUGCUCCUCUUGCAUAACGAUUACGUGGUGACGGCGCAAAGUGAUGACAUUUCCUUAAUGUGAGGAUGUCGCUGUGAUGAAAUUACAGUUGAAACGGGCUGUCGAAUUUGGCAGACAACAAAGACCACCAGAGCGG